AUGAAAUUAUUCGGUAUAUUAGUAUCAUUUAUCUGCGUAAAUGUUUUGGCAGGUGAACUUAUAACGGAUUAUAUAAGGACGGUUGAAAAUACAAACACGCAAAUUCAGAAUUCUGCAGAAAAUUUGGAGGAAUUAAUUACACACUUGAUAGAUACAAAUGACGAUACACCAGGAGAUAUUAUAGAAGAAAUGAUUCUUUGGUUCACUGUACCGGAACUUGCAGAUACUAGCACCUCUGGCCGUAUAAAACGUUCCAUAAGGGUACAAGUCGAUUUUCAGAAAACAAUAUUUAAGACAAUAGGUACUCCUAUGCCUGCUGAUACAACCAAAAGUAUUGAAACUUUAAAAUUGCCCGACCUUGGAAGGACGAGAAGAGGUCUUACUGGAAAUGCUAUUAUAAAUGUGCUUACCAAAAAAUUAGCUGAAACGAUAAACACUGUUGAGUACGCCUUGUCUCUUCAAAGAAGUUGUAAUUUGAUAGCAAUGUGGAUUAGUCUAAUAACGUCUAAAAAAAUGGAUUGUACAAUAGACUCCAAUUAUAAGUAUUGUAAAGUAUUAGAUGAUAACAAUAAUUAUGUAAAAUACAUGUCACUUGAGAACGGCUAUUAUCAAGUCGAUAAAAAGGGUAAUCAAAUAGGAGAAUUAAUUGUACAGCUACGCGACAAGUCCAGUUUUCCACGAUUUGAGAAAUAGUUAAGAACUACUCCAUUUUAGGCUAGUAAUCAA